AUGACCGGGCCGCCGUCCUCUUCCUACCCCGGCCAGGUCCCGCCGCCAGCCGCCGUGAUUUCGCCGGAAAACGAGGAGAAAAGCUCCGGUUUUGACAGAAACUUCGCCGGCUUCGUUCUCCGUCGUCCGGCCGCCAUUUUUGGCGAUCCAGGAGAGACUCUGCCGAAAUUUUGGCAGAAAGUCUCGUGCCCUAAAUCCUCUCUGGUAAAGGAGGACAUAGUUUUAAGGAGUGAACCCGGCGUGGGUGUGAUGCCGGGGUCUCCGCAGGGUUCGUCUCGGGUUCUGGGAAAUUCGGGGCGGGUCCUGUCAAUAAGGGCCACUUCUUUCAUGGAAAAUAGGGUUCAACAAGCUUCUGUUGAUGGAAUACAAAAGGAACAUCGACAUAAACUCAACCCCGACAAGGACUUGGUGGUGAAUAAUGAUGGAAUCAUCAUACAAUACGAGUUUAAUUAUGACUCCUCUCAUAUCUACUCUAGCGGGAAAAUCUACUUUAAAGAUGGCAAAGAAAGAGAGGCUCGAUUUUUCAAAUUCGAAAAAUCAGAAGAGGACUUAGCAAAGAAGAUAUUUACCCUGACUUCCAAGUUUGUAAAUUACAAGGGUGUGGGUGUCUUGAAACCUCACUUCCUCACCUAUUAUGAACCACAAAAUAUUUGGAUUUUGUGCACCGAAAAAUUUGAUCAUCUUCUGAGUGAAAUAAAGAUGGAUGUUGAAGAUCGUGUAGAUGGCGAUUCGUGGUGGCUCGAUUCGAUUUGGGACCUUUUACAAACGAUAAAGGAUAUUCAUUCUCAUAUGCUGUUUCAUAAUGGAUUGAACCAAACGGACAAUUAUGUUGUUGUUUCCGAUAAAAUCAAGAUUAUUAACAUCCAAAGUAGUUUUGAAGAUCUUGAAGAUCCUGAAGAUCUUUCAAAUAUACGUGUGUUGAGAACGAAUGACUUAAAAGCAUUUAGGAACAUGUUAAAGGAAAAAAUAAUGUUGCCAGGCGAUUCUUGGCUUGAUCGCGAUGCUUUCUUUGAUUUCUUUGACUACGAAGAAUUUACGUACCCUCUAUUUGUCGAGAAACUAGCAAGCCAUCCCUUUUUAUUAACUCCGGCGGAAAGAAUGAAGUGUUUUUACAGUAUACAUGACUCUGCAAAUGAAAGCAAGUUCAAGAGAAUAUUAGAUGGUAGGGCAUUCCAUCAGUAUAGGAAAUGGAAUAGGAAAGAUAUGGUUCGUGAGUUCCAAGAGGUUUAUUACCAUUCCAAUUCGAAAUAUGAUGGUGAAUCUGUAUGGGACCUUGUAGAAUUUUUGAAAGAUGUAUAUGUCCAUCAUAAUCCUCGUGAUUUAACCCUUGAAGCUGCGGACGCUGAGGUCAAAAGGUUGUACCCUAAUUUCUUGGAGAAGAUUCAUGCUAUCGUAUGA